AUGGAUAAAUCAUCAAUUAAAGUGAUCAGUACGCUUGUCAUUUUCGUCAUAUUAUCUUCCUCAUUUCUAAUUGUUGCCGAUGCUUUCAUGGGUCGACGUGAUAUGGAAAUGGAGCUAUUGUUGCUUAAAUUGAUUCAAAAUCGUCGACAAAAGCAGCAACAACAACAGGUCAUUCCAAUUCCAAUUUAUAUUCCAAGAUGUCGAGGUCAUCAUCAUCCACCGAGAUCUGAAUCACAACAUUAUCCAGUUUAUGUUCCAAUUCACACUCAUGAACAUCAUAUUUUAGAUUCAUCGAGUCACCUUAAUUUCGCUGUUUCUCCCUGUUCAUCAAAUUCUUGCUCUUUACACUCAACACAUUCAUCGCCAUCAUCAUCAUCAUCAUCACCAAACUAUCAUCAGCUUCUCCAAUUACAGGAAUCAAUUUAAUUUUCGACUAUUCAUUUAAUGGUGACUGUUAACACGACAAUUUACCAAUUAUUAAAUCUCGUCAACCGAAAGAGACCAAGAAGAUGUUAAUAGGUAAUAAGGGGAUUCUAAUUGUGGAUCAAUCAAAAGGGUGACCUAAGGUUUGAAUCUCUCAACCAAAUUGUGUCCUCAAUGUUGUUACUUUUUUUCUCGCUAAAAAUUAUUAUAUCAUCAAGGUAAACAAUUAAUUCAACUAUUUACAACAAGGAAGACAAAUACACACACAUGGAUAUCUCAUGUUGAUCGCUGUAUCUUCACUCAAGCAAACCAGUAGGAUGGAAAGGAAUCAAUGUAAACAAAGACAUUUUAAUCAAUGUGAAAACAAAAGCUAAAUAGGAUUGAUCAUUCAACUGAUCUAAUGGAUUUGCUUGUUCAAUUUUCUCUCUUUUUUUGGUCUCUCUUUAUUUUCUGGGUUAACAAGACAUCAAUGGUUCCAAUUAUCAGCAAGUUUAUUCAGCAAUCAAAUGGUCAGGUAUGCAAUUGAUUACAAUUUAAUGAUCUUUCCAAGUUACAAUCAUCAGCAAAAAAAAAGACGAAGACAAUUGUCCAACUCUAAACACUCACCUAUCCAAAUCCAAAUUGUCAUCGUCAUUUUUUCCCUCUCGUAAUUGUAAAUAUACAAGCUCGAUAAUAAUAAUAUAAUAUUAGUUAUCGUAUACAAUGUAAUCUGAUAAAGUUCAAUGAGACUUACCUGCAUUUUUUUAUUGUUCAUCUAAUAUAAUAUAACCCAAAUUAGAAGCUAAAUAAUGGCAAUUGAACACAAACGACAAUCAAGAUUAAUCAGUUAUUCUCGGUCAUCUUGUUUACCUUGACUCCGAGUUGGCUGAUUUUAAUUGUUAAUAUGAUUGUUUGUUAUUGUAUAACAACAAUGAAUAUUGAAUUGAAUGUUGUUUGUCGUUGGAUAAGAGGAUUUAUUUUGAUUUCCAUUGGGUCAAUGUUAGAAAACAGAGUUAAUCUAACCUCUAAUGUUGACACUUUCAUUAAAAGGAUGUAAACAAUUACUGAAUAUAAUAAAAUCCACAGGUGACUAAUCUUAA